AUGUCGGACCUAACGACGCUGCGGGCCUCCUGCAAGGCAAUCUUGGCACGUCACCAGCGUGGCCUCACUCUUGAGCUGUCCUGCAUUCUGUGCAGGCAGCGAGUGCGGGGGCAGCAGAGUGCCAUGCAGCACUAUGCCGACGCCCAUGGCAUUCAUCCCACAAACCAUGACAAUAUUGUAGACCUCGACGGAUUUCUCGCGCACUUGCGCGGGCUGCUGUUCCUUCGCGACGAUGAAAGGAUGCACUGCCCGGUGUGUCGCGCGGCCUGCGGCGAGGAGGCCUCGUUGAUGGCGCACAUAGCCGAGGAGGGUCACAGCCGAUGGGAUACCGGCACAAUCCCCACACUGGCACCCUUCUGUAUCACAGGUGACAACGUCAAGGAAGAAGACGGGGAUGGGGAUGAAGAUGAGGAUGAAGCAGAAAAUGCAGGUGGGAACAACGCUGCUGAGGAUGAGGACGAGGAUGAUGGUGGCGAGGACUGGGGUAUUGAACCUGCGGUAUGCCUGUUGUGCGAAACAGAGUCAGAAGACUGCCUGCGUCAUAUGAUUGAUGCCCACGGAUUUGACUUUCGUGCCGCGGUGCAAGCUCACGCGGGUGUGCAUGAGGUGUACGAUCUCAUUAGAAUUGUCAAUAUCAUCCGAAAGUGUGUCGCGCAGGGCAUUUGCCCUUUUAAUUACCGCGAUGAAUCAGCCGAUGUGGAGGCAUGUCGUUGUAGUAUAGCCGCAUCCUCGCUGGAGGAGCAUCUAAGGGAACACCCGCUCCAUGCCCUUCCUCGCGUGCUGUCGUCUGACGACCGCGAACUCAUCCCGGUGCUCUGCGGUGAUGCCUUCAUUUCCUCCGUCGUUGUGGGAGGUGACCUGCUGGCGCAGCAAGAAGAAGAUCCGGACUACCCCAUGGUGCCCACUAUUGCGGAGAUGGCAAAGAAACAGGCAGAAGGCAGGCAGGCAAAGGGAAUCAGCUAG